UGGUCCAAACCUGAUUCCGGUAGGGCAGCCGUCCAACUAAGGACUGAGGGGGAAAAACAGGGACGAGGAACUGUCAGUUUCCGAAAUAAAGACAGCAUUUCAAUCUGGUUUGGUCAAUAGGUUGUGAGUGUGAUGGCGUCAGGCAGUACGAGCAGUGAGGAGGAGAGGAGUCUGAGGGAGUGUGAGCUGUAUGUGCAGAAACAUAACAUCCAACAGCUGCUGAAGGACUGCAUCGUACAGCUAUGUACCUCACGGCCAGACAGACCCAUGGCCUUCCUCAGAGAGUACUUCGAGAGGCUGGAGAAGGAGGAGGCGAAGCAGAUCCUACAGCAGCAGAAGUCCAACUCUCGCUCCGACUCCCGUGAGGAUGAGGUGUCUCCUCCCAUGAAUCCCGUGGUGAAGGGGCGGCGGCGGCGCGGUGCCAUCAGCGCCGAGGUCUACACAGAGGAAGACGCCGCCUCCUACGUCAGAAAGGUCAGGGGGGGUCAGCCCUCAGCCAAUCACGCAUCGCUACAGGUUAUUCCUAAAGACUACAAAACGAUGGCCGCCCUGGCUAAAGCCAUUGAGAAGAACGUGCUGUUUGCUCACCUGGACGACAACGAGAGAAGUGACAUCUUUGACGCCAUGUUUUCUGUUACCUAUAUCGCCGGGGAGACGGUCAUUCAGCAAGGUGACGAGGGUGAUAACUUCUACGUCAUCGACCAGGGAGAGAUGGAUGUGUAUGUGAACAAUGAGUGGGUGACCAAUAUUGGGGAGGGGGGCAGCUUUGGCGAGCUAGCCCUGAUCUAUGGGACCCCCAGGGCCGCCACGGUCCGGGCCAAGAGCAACGUCAAACUGUGGGGCAUCGACAGAGACAGUUACAGGAGGAUACUCAUGGGAAGCACUUUGAGAAAGCGUAAGAUGUAUGAGGAAUUCCUCAGCAAGGUGUCCAUUUUAGAGUCUCUGGACAAGUGGGAGAGGCUGACGGUAGCUGAUGCUCUGGAGACCGUUCAGUUUGAGGACGGACAGAAGAUCGUGGUUCAGGGUGAACCUGGAGAUGAGUUCUUCAUCAUCCUGGAGGGUUCAGCGGCCGUGCUUCAGAGACGGUCAGAGUAUGAAGAGUUUGUGGAGGUGGGCAGACUGGGGCCCUCCGACUAUUUUGGUGAGAUCGCCCUGUUGAUGAACCGUCCCCGUGCUGCGACCGUGGUCUCCCGCGGCCCUCUGAAGUGUGUCAAGCUGGACCGCCCGCGGUUCGAACGCGUUCUGGGGCCCUGCUCAGACAUCCUGAAGAGGAACAUUCAACAAUACAACAGCUUCGUCUCUCUCUCCGUCUGAGUCCCCCUUCUAUUGCUCUGUCCCUCCUCUCCUUCUAUCCCUCCACUCCUUCUAUCCCUCCACUCCUUCUAUCCCUCCACUCCUUCUAUCGCUCUGUCCCUCCACUCCUUCUAUCCCUCCACUCCUUCUAUCGCUCUGUCCCUCCACUCCUUCUAUCCCUCCACUCCUUCUAUCGCUCUGUCCCUCCACUCCUUCUAUCCCUCCACUCCUUCUAUCCCUCCACUCCUUCUAUCGCUCUAUCCCUCCACUCCUUCUAUCGCUCCACUCCUUCUAUCGCUCCACUCCUUCUAUCGCUCCACUCCUUCUAUCGCUCUAUCCCUCCACUCCUUCUAUCCCUCCACUCCUUCUAUCCCUCCACUCCUUCUAUCGCUCUAUCCCUCCACUCCUUCUAUCGCUCUGUCCCUCCACUCCUUCUAUCGCUCCACUCCUUCUAUCCCUCCACUCCUUCUAUCGCUCUAUCCCUCCACUCCUUCUAUCCCUCCACUCCUUCGCCCUCUGGCUCCUCCCCCCCUGGCUCCUCCCUCCUUCCUUAACAACGGGUUCCACCAAUGAUCUGUUUAUUUUCUUCAUGUUUCUAACCCUCCACCCGGGACUCCAGAUCACUUGGCUGGGACUUUGUUGUUGAACUGGUGUUAUUGUAUUCGCUAUGAACCCAGAUUCAUUUGAUUUGACACGUAUGCAGUGAACUCUGUUUCGAGGGCACAAUGUUUCUGUAGUAUUUUAACGUCAACCAUGAAGACAGGAUGAGUUGUCUCCGGUGUUCAGACGGCAACAGGUUAGGGAGGGUUCAAACGUGACAGAGGGUUCCGUUCAGACCCAGGGUUCCGUUCAGACCCAGGGUUCCAAUAGAAUUACAAUGCGGUUCCAUUACUGUUCACCCAGUGUUCUCUCUGACACCGUGUCAAAACUAAUACCUGAUAAUAUGUGGAGUAGACACACCAUGAGUCUGUCCUGGUUAGGAUCCAGGAGAACUUGUAAUGUGUGGACUAGACACACCAUGAGUCUGUCCUGGUUAUGGUCCAGAAGACCUUGUAAUAUGUGGACUAGACACACCAUGAGUCUGUCCUGGUUAAGGUCCAGAAGACCUUGUAAUAUGUGGACUAGACACACCAUGAGUGUCCUGGUUAAGGUCCAGAAGACCUUGUAAUGUGUGGACUAGACACACCAUGAGUCUGUCCUGGUUAGGAUCCAGAAGACCUUGUAAUGUGUGGACUAGACACACCAUGAGUCUGUCCUGGUUAGGAUCCAGGAGACCUUGUAAUGUGUGGACUCGACACACCAUGAGUCUGUCCUGGUUAGGAUCCAGAAGACCUUGUAAUGUGUGGACUCGACACACCAUGAGUCUGUCCUGGUUAGGAUCCAGAAGACCUUGUAAUGUGUGGACUCGACACACCAUGAGUCUGUCCUGGUCAGGAUCCAGAAGACCUUGUAAUGUGUGGACUCGACACACCAUGAGUCUGUCCUGGUUAGGAUCCAGAAGACCUUGUAAUGUGUGGACUCGACACACCAUGAGUCUGCUCACAAUGGACAACACCCAGGGGCCAUGAUGUCACAAAGGACAGAGAGAAGGAAGAGAGAAGGAUUGAAUUGGAACCGCAAAUGUGUCAUGACAUUAAGGAUAUUGUGUCAUGAUAUUAAGUAUAUUGUGUCAUGACAUUAAGCAUAUUGUGUCAUGAUAUUCUUAAUGUCUGGGACAAGUCUAAAGUGACUUAUGAGGGAGAGAGGGAUGAGGGCGGGGGGGAGACCAUCUUUAGAGAAAUGUUGUUUUGAAUAGAUUUCCACCAAAGGCUGAUCUGUGUUCUUAUACUUACCUUUUUAUAGUUGUUUUCUGGAAUGUUCUUUGAGGGUACUAAGAAGCUGUGGUUUCUACACCAUGAGGUUGAGGGAGGCUGUCCCAGGUCCAGUGGUGUGGCUACUCUCUCCCUAUUGGAAGUUUAUCUAUCUCUCUCUACCCCCCUUUCUCUCCCUUUCCCAUCUUGUUUCCCCUCUCCCCCCCCCCCCACCCCCCACCCCGGUCGUUGGGAUAGAUCUUAUAGGUGUCAUUGUGUCUGGGCGUGUUUAAAAUGCUCCGUUCAGGAAAGGGAAAACAACGUUUAGUCUACUCUGCCUGUUUCCUGGUCACAGAAAGCAGAACAUCAAGUUACUCUGACCAGGGUCAAGUUGAUCAGUCUUAAGGGAUGUUCACUAUUUCACUUUGUGCUACGUGUCCAUUUAGCUUCUAAAUAAGAGGUUUUAUAACAGGUGACGGUUGUGAGGAAAGCAUGUUACAACUCAACGCUGAUUCAACCUCCUCUAGUUGAAUCAAGAAUGUGGACCGUUCUGAUAUCAACUCUGGUUGGUUUAAUAGUAGUGUUUCAUCCCGUGGAUGGUACAUGUCCAGUGUCAUCCAGCUUCCUAAACACCUCCCAUGUCAAAAACAUUGAUAAAGACAGUGGUCUGUUUCUGAAAACAGCUGUUUUUCCACCCCUUCAUUGAAGUGUUAGUUACAAGACUGAACCCUCAUUAUAAACUGUCUUUGAGAAGUGCCUGGUUGCGUUCUAUUGACACUCUCUUAGAAUUCACAAUUAGAACCAGAAGGAUUCCGGUUCCAUACCAUCAUGGAGUCGAGUGUUUUCAAUGUUUGGGGUCUAACAUUUAUCUAACCAUUUUUAGUUUGAACCUUUUUUUGUUGUCUUUUUUUGAAAAACCCAUGUUUGUUCUAAUCCCAAAUACAGUAUAUUGUUGUCAACUGGACAUUUGCCAUUUUAGAAUUUUGAUGAAUAUUUUGUAAUGUACUAUAUAGUAUAGCGUUAGCGUAAGACUCCCUUCCCUCUCCAGCAUAACGCUAUCCAACGUGUUACUGCUGUUAUUUUCAUGGAAAUUAUAAAGGAAUCCAUCAAAACUGUGAUGUAUAGAGAUUUGGAUACAAAUCAGUCCUGUAUAGACUAGUCCUCUGAAAGUAACUGUUGAAUCAAUCUGUUGUUAUGGACGUGUGUGUGUGUGUGUGUAUGUUCCAAAUGGAACCCUAUUCCCUAUAUAGUGAACUGCCUUUGACUAAGUAGUGCACUAUAUAGGCACUAGGGGUGCCAUUUUGGAGGCAUGCAGUGUUUUAUUUCACCAUGGUGUGUUGUCCUGGAUGAAGCGUUUCCAGCUGAACUAGUAUCAGGCUGGAAUGGACAUGGCCUUGCUACAUCUCAUGGUUGAUGGAUUUCUGCUGUUUUUACAUUUUUACUGUUCAACUGUCCUUGGUGUAUUGUGUGAAUAAAUUUGAAUUUUUUUUAUUUGUCAGGCUCUGUGCGUGUCUGAAAUGCCACUCUGUUUCCUAUAUAUAAAGCCCCAUAGGCUCGGGUCAAAAGUAGUGCACUAUAUAGGGUGUCAUUGGGCUCUGGUCAAAAGUAGUGCACUUUAUAGGGAAUAGGGUGCCUUUUCAGACACACACAGUGUAUCUAGUUGAUGCCCUGCACCCAAUGUUGAAAUAAUGUUAGUUGAUGGUUUUCUAUGUUCUCUCAUGGAGGCCACAGUAAAAUGAAGUAGUAAGCUAUUAUAGGCUACUGCUUCUUGUAUAACUUG